AAUCCUCAGGGCUGGUUUCCUACUGAGGUGUGACUGGCCCAGGCAGGGGGUGGGUAUUGGGGCAGUAAGUGACUAACCCCCUUGUGUUACCCCUGUGCCCCCCACAGAUGCCCCAACGGAACCUCCUCAUCCUCUAUGGGAGUCAGACGGGGACAGCGGAGGAUUUGGCUGGGAGACUCGGCAGGGAAGCCAAGCGCCACCACUUCCAAUGUAGGAUGGAAUCGCUCGAUGAGUACAGGGUGGCUGAUCUUAUUCACGAGCCCCUCGUGGUAUUUGUCUGCGCCACUACAGGGCAGGGGGACCCCCCCGAUAACAUGAAGAACUUCUGGAGGUUUAUAUUCCGGAGGAAUCUCCCCCACAAUGCCCUUUGCCGGAUGGAUUAUGCCGUUUUAGGCCUCGGUGAUUCUUCCUACCCAAAGUUUAACUUCAUAGCAAAGAAACUGCACAAGCGCCUGCAGCAGCUCGGAGCCUGCCCCCUCCUGCCCCCGGCGCUGGGGGACGAUCAGCAUGACUUGGGCCCUGACGCAGCAGUGGAUCCCUGGCUGAAAGAUCUCUGGGGCAAGAUCCUGUCUAUAUACCCUUUACCCCCAGGUCUCAACAUCAUCAGCGAGGAUAUCUUGUUACCACCAAAGUACUUACUCCGCCUCCUGGAAGAGACGAUUGGGCAGGAUGACCUCUCAGGGGAGGAGUUGGAAAGGGAUUCAAACAAUACCACGCCUGCCUCCGAGUCGCACCCGUUCCCUGCUCCGGUCGUGUCCAAUCAGCGCGUGACGGCACUGGAUCAUUUCCAGGAUGUGCGUCUCAUUGAGUUCGAUAUCUCAGGCUCCGCCCUCCAGUUCUCCCCGGGGGACGUGGCGAUGGUUCAGCCCAGGAACUCCCCUCCCCACGUGCAGCAGCUGUGCAGCCUCCUGCGCCUCGACCCGCGCACCAGGUUUGUGGUGGAAGCCAGUGACCCCGAGGCGGCAGUCCCGGCGCAGCUGGCGGAGCUCCAGUGUAUUGGGCAGCUGGCAGAGCGGUACCUGGAUCUCUGCGCCGUGCCGCGCCGCUCUUUCUUCCAACUGCUCAGCCAUUUUGCCCCCGACGAGCUGGAACGGGAGAAGCUGAGGGAGUUCGGUUCCGCCGGGGGGCAGGAAGAGCUCUUCUCCUACUGUAACCGCCCCCGGCGCACUCUCCUGGAGGUUCUGGUUGACUUUCCCCAUACGACCCGCUGCAUUCCUGCCACUUACCUACUGGAACUUAUCCCCCGAAUGCGCCCCCGCGCCUUCUCCAUCGCCUCCUCCAUGCAGGCUCUCCCCAACGCUCUGCAGAUCCUCGUGGCCGUCGUUCAGUACCGGAGCAAACUGAUUGAGCCCCGCCGGGGUCUGUGUUCUACAUGGCUGGCCUCCCUCCCCCCCCGGGGUAGAGAGCGGGUUCCCAUUUGGGUGAAGAGAGGGAGCAUGACAUUCCCGUUGGAGCCGGGCACGCCGCUGGUGAUGGUGGGGCCGGGCACUGGGGUGGCGCCGUUCCGCGCUGCUGUCCAGGAGAGAGCGGCCAAUGGGAAACGCGGGAGCUGCUUGUUUUUCGGCUGUCGAGGAAAAUCCAAGGAUUUCUAUUUUGAGAAGGAAUGGGAGGAUCUGGUGACUGGCGGAUUCCUGACCCUAUUCACCGCCUUCUCCCGGGAUCAGGAGGAUAAAGUGUAUGUGCAGCGUCGCAUACGGGAGAACAGCGCCCUCCUGUGGGACCUGCUCGCCAAUAGACAGGGCUACUUCUACAUCGCUGGCAAUGCCAAAUCGAUGCCCAAUGAGGUGACGGAUGCGCUGAAGUGGGUGUUGCAGUCGGAAGGGGGUCUGUCUGCCCCCGACGCUGAGCAGUAUGUCGUCGCCAUGGAGAAAUCCCGCCGCUUCCAGUCGGAGACAUGGUCCUAAAUCUGCUCGUGUUCCUGUGGGGGGCCCUGUGCUGCGGCGCCAAGGUGGCCCCCCCUGGGCAGGGUUGUUGGGUAAUAGAGCAGGUCUUAUGACCACAGAGCAGCCAAUCAGAUCCCUGCUGAACCGUUGCUACCCAGGGGCAUUAUUUAUACCGAGGGGCUGAUUGGGGGGCAACCAGGACCCCCAUCAUUGUAUAGUAAUGUUAUUAAAGUGAUUAUUUUAUGGA